AUGAAUGCCAGGAAACAAAAGGACCCAAAGGCCUCGAAGGAAAAGGCUGCGAGAGAGACCUGCGCUAGGAAAGUCACCUUCAAAGCAGUGAGGAAAGAAAAGGAGUCCAUCUCUAAAUCUAAGCCAAUCACAGACCUAAACUCUGCCACAAGUGUCCCGAACGGCCUCGCAGGCCCCCAAACUCAUUCACUUCUCGGUCCGUGUGCUCCCUGCCAGGCCCUGGGCGUUUCUGCUGCUGGUGGGUCCUCAUCAAAGCUUCAGCUGGGCAAGGAAACCACAAGACCAGCUGAGAGCAAAGCAGCCAUCAGCCUGAGGGGGCUCCUCGCUGCCCAGAGAUUCUCAAAGGAAUUCAAGAACCGAACUGCUGCCCGAAACCAAUCAAGACUCCAGGUCUCUCAUCACAAGCCCAUCACCAUCAUCAAUGAGCAGAUCCCAGACUCAGCUGCGAACCCAAAAGAAAAAUUCUCUUGUGCCAAAGCAGAGGAGCUGAUCAGAGAAUAUUUACCAACCAAACUUGCGCAUGUUACCUAUGAGCCUGAGAAAGGCGCCAGCCUCAGUACAACUGUAAGCGAAGAAAUAAAACGCCUGAUCAAGACAGUCACCCCUCCUCGGUAUAAGUUAAUUGUCAACGUCACCAUUGGAAACAAAGACCAAGACGAGACCGCAGAUAUCAUGGUGACCAGCCAGUGUCUGUGGGACCCUCAUUCAGACAACUUCACCUCCUCCCAAUACAUGAACCCGACGCUUUUUUGCGUGGUUCUAGUACAUGCUGUUUAUUUUGAGUAGUCAUCAAAGCAUGCAUCUUUCACGUGUGAAAAGCAAAAGUAUGUUCCUAGAUUCAAGUAAAGUAAGAGACUCUUAUGUUUGUCUGUACUCGUGCUACAGAAUGGCUCUACACAACCCACAGAAUAAAAAUGAGAGUCAGUGGAUGUAAAGAUGUAGAGAAAGAGUGUAUGCUCCAGGCAUCACACAAACUUGGGUGCUUGAAAACUUGUGUAAGCUCCAAACUUCUCAUGUAAACUUGGGUAAACUGAAUACCUCGUUGUAGCCCACCGCACUAGAAUAGCCUGCUCUUCUGUGGCUGUUUUUGUCAGCAAUCUCCAAAUGCUUUACAAAAGGUCAGCAUUGUUCUAUAACCUGGAUGUAUUGUUACCACUAUCAUUGAGUAACUAUUGCUAAUGUGAUAUUUUUCAAGAGGAAAUUUGAUAUGUGAUAGAACUUUUCUCACUGAGAUUAACAUCUCCCCCAGCCUGUUGGUGACGGUUUGGGCCUGGC